ACCAGGUUAAUAUCUACUGAUGUGCUAAUGUAGUAAUGACCUAUCUUCCUCUGCUCCUCUCUGGGGUACUUUCUGUCUAUAGGGAUGGGAAUUAAUGACAGUCUCUCUGUGCUGCCUGAUGUCAGAGCUGAGAAAGGUGUGAAGGGUAUAUAAGAGCCGUAUUACUUGUCAGCAAGGAAAGGCGAAAAGGGAUACUCCAGAGCUAGAUGCAAGCGUGGAACUGUUGUAUGCACCCUACUUGCUAACACAGGCGUGGGUCUUCAGUUAGCUCCCUGACCAUCACAAGAAAGUUUGGAAGCAAAGAUGUGCAACCUGAAGCUGUCAGUUUUCUUCAUUGCACUUUCUGUCACUCUGAGCUGUUUGGAAGCUACACCUAUCGAGAAAUUAUUAUCUGUGGCUGAUGAUCUAUCUGAUGGUACUUCCAAGAGACAAGGAUGGGUAUUGCCGGUAAUGUCACAGAAUACACCCUCAGGACUUAGUGAGGAAAUGCCAGAACAACCAGCAGCAAAGACAAAAAGUAGUCACCAUCUGGAGAAACGGAAAUGCAACACUGCCACAUGUGUGACACAACGUUUGGCUGACUUUUUAGUUCGUUCUGGCAACAACAUUGGAGCAAUUUAUUCACCUACAAAUGUGGGAUCAAACACAUACGGAAAGAGGGACACAGUUGGGCUUUCAAGCAGAGAAUCCCAAAACAAUGCACAGCUUUAGUGUGUUAAAUCUACUACUGAUAUAGUUUUCGAUUUUUAAUGUAUCAAUAACCCCUCAGUUAUUACUUGUACAGUCUUAACAGUGCCUUGUUUUCUGUGUAUGCCUGUGUGUGUGUGAUUUACGUUCAUCCUUUCACUAUGCAUGUACAAUGACAUGCAUAGGCUAUUGUUUCAACUCCAUUAAGAACUCCAGAAAUCUGCUUGUCAAAUUCCUUUGUAAAAAAAAAUAAUAAAAAGAUAAAUGUAUAUCACAAUAAUAAAUAGACAAGGAAUUGCAA